AACAAGUGUUGAUGCGCAUCUCCAUGGAAUCGUAGACUCAACUUAACAUCUAAAGUCUAGUCAACUAAAAAUACUAAAAAUUCUCUUUAUAUAUAUCUAACUCUCACAUCUCCCAUCUCCCGUCAAGGGGCAUCCCAAAUUUGUUCAUCAAUGGCGUUAAAGGUUCUUUCUGCUCUUGACACCGCGAAAACUCAAUACUACCAUUUCAAAGCCAUCAUCAUAGCCGGCAUGGGGCUCUUCACCGACGCUUAUGAUCUCUUCUGUAUUCCUCCCAUCAUGAUUCUGAUCCAGCGGAUAUACUAUGAACCUGGUGAUGGUAACAAAAGCAACAAAAAGCCCGAAAUCCCCAGAACCGUCGCCUCUACCAUGUUUGGCAUAGCUCUUCUAGGGACUGUGAUCGGUCAACUCGUUUUCGGAAGGCUGGGUGAUCGAGUCGGGAGACGACGCGUGUACGGGUUCGCAUUGACGCUGAUGGUGCUGAGCUCCAUUGGAUGCGGCUUCUCUAUCUGUACGACCAAGAAGUGCGUGCUUGGAAGUCUGGGGUUUUUCAGGUUUUUGUUGGGCGUCGGAAUCGGCGGAGACUAUCCAUUGUCGGCUACGAUCAUGUCGGAGUUUGCUAAUAAGAUGACACGUGGAGCUUUCAUAGCCGCAGUUUUUUCCAUGCAGGGGUUCGGGAUUUUGGCUAGUUCUAUGGUCACGAUGACGGUUUGUAAGAUAUUCGAGAGAGCAACGAAUACCACGUCACCUGAUCAGACGCCGCCAGGGACCGAUAUUGCAUGGAGACUGAUACUGAUGAUGGCUUCAAUUCCGGCGGCUUUGACUUUUUAUUGGCGUAUGAUGAUGCCGGAAACUCCAAGAUACACGGCCCUGGUUGAACAAAACGUGUUGCAAGCUGCAAAAGACAUGGAAAAAGUGUUAGGCGUUUCAAUGAGUCAGAUUACAGAAGAGUUUCCGCUGUCACCAAAGCCACCACCGUACAAUUUACUGUCCAAGAAAUUCAUUCUUCAUCACGGCCGUGAUCUCUUCGCUUGUUCCUGUACAUGGUUCCUUCUUGAUGUUGUGUUUUACAGCAGUAACCUCUUCCAAUCCAAGAUUUACCACAACUACGUUGAUGUUGAUCAUGCGAACACCAUGAAUGUCUUUGAAGAAGCUUUCAGGGUUGCUAGACUCCAAGCUAUUAUCGCCAUCUGCUCCACUGUUCCAGGUUACUUUGUGACUGUCUAUUUCAUUGAUCGCAUUGGAAGAGUUAAAAUUCAACUCCUUGGUUUCUUCUGUAUGGCAAUCGUCUAUUUGGCUAUAGGAAUUCCUUAUAUUCAUUACUGGGACAAGAAAACGAAUUUUGGCUUCAUGUUCUUGUAUGGCCUGACUUUUUUCUUCGCAAAUUUUGGACCAAAUACAACCACUUUCAUUGUGCCGGCCGAGCUUUUUCCGGCGAGAUUCAGAUCAACAUGUCAUGGAAUUUCAGGGGCCAUCGGAAAGGUGGGUGCCAUAAUUGGGUCGGUCGGGUUCCUGUGGGUUUUGGAAGAGGAUAAGGAAACUGGUGACCCGAAAGCCAUUGGAAUGACCAUAGCAUUGAUUCUUCUGGGUGGUGUUUGUUUCUUGGGAAUGGCUGUUACCUAUUUUUUCACACGGGAAACUAUGGGGAGGUCACUUGAAGAAAACGAGAAAGAAGAUCAGGACGCCAGAGAAAUUGGGUCUUUUCAGAUGCUUUAAAGAUUAUUGUUUGCAGGCAAAUUCAUCUGGUAAUGAAGUUAAUCCAGCUUGAUAGGGGCCAUAAUAAUUAAGCUCCCACGUACUCUCAUGGUGUAUUCUGUAAAAAAUUAAAAAUCAAACACUCAGGAGUCAAUGCUCGUCUUAGAUUUCUAUCUCUUCCAUAGUUUUGUUACGUCCAUUACAGAAAGGCAAUAAAACAAUUUUGUAAAGAUUUUGUGAUUGUGUCAUGGCCGAAGCUAAAAGUUUGAUUUAGGAAUGGUCGUCUUCCUGCAUCUACUCUAUAAAUGCAGGGGAUAUAUUCGGCUACUGUUUUAUAAUCCGGUCAGUCGAACUGGUUAACCAGGACCUAUGGCCUAGUCGAUCUGGAUCGUCAGCUCAAUCUAUCAUGGUCAUAUUCAUGUCACUAACCUAACUUCGAUUGAAUAGAUAAAUUUGUUUUGAAAA